AUGAGAUUUAAUCUAAGCUCACUAGGACUGGGUUCCCUCUACGCAUCACUGCUCUAUUUUAACUCGGACCAGGAGUCGAUUUCUGUAAUGCAUCGCCCUGUUCUCCCGCCAUCUUACCCGCUAGCAGUGCGCAACCCGUAUCUAUCGGCAUGGAUGCCCAGCGACCGAGUACAGCAGCUACCCUAUGCUGAACCUCAAUUCUGGGCUGGCCAGAAGCUCGGCUGGUCCGUGAUUUUCCGUGUAAAUGGUCAAGCAUAUAGUCUGAUGGGCGUGCCAGAGGCGGAUGCAAGGAAUACCCGCCCUGCCACGGUGCGUCGUGCCGAGUUUACAGCUACGCACUCAAUAUUUGAUCUCACGGCUGGGCCCGUGGCAGUCACGCUGGAUUUCUUGUCGCCUGUGUCACCGUCAAACUAUAUUCGGCAGUCGCUUCCUUUCAGUUAUUUAACUGUACAAGUAGCUGAAUUGCGCGGUCAUGAUAUCCAGAUUUAUUCGGAUAUCGAUGCUAGGUGGACUGGCCGAGAAAGCCGCUCGCAGCGCGGCUUCGAGGAGCAAGACGGCCUUGCCAUUUACUCGCUCACGGUCGAAGACGCACCACUGUAUGCCGAGGCAGACGACAUGGCUCUUUGGGGCUCAGCAAUCCUCGCCUCCCGGCCUUCUAACUUUACUCAAUUGUCAGCACUCUCGGGCAGCCCCGAGGACGUACGAGCUCUAUUCGUCGAGGACGGUCAGCUAUCUGGCGAGGACGAUACCUGGGGCGAGGGAUGUGUUGUCGCGCUGGCUCACAAUCUCGGUAAAGUCACCGGUGACCUUUCCGUGAGCUUCGUGGUCGGAUACGAGAGAGAAGCCGCCAUCAACUAUCUGGGAGAAGCCUACACAGGUUUCUAUCGUGCAGAGUACCCGACCACAUCGAGUGCCCUCUCAUUCUUCUUGAAUGACUACAGCAGCGCAUUGCUAGAGUCCUUGAAGCUGGAUCAGGAGCUGGUCACCUUAUCUGCUGCCGCUGCGGGUCCCAAGUAUGCGGAUAUCCUAGCUCUUUCGACCCGACAAGCAUACGGAGGCAUCGACUUGGCUAUUCCCAAUGACUCUCUCGACACCAGUCAGGUUUUGGCUUUUAUCAAGGAGCUUUCCAGUGAUGGAAAUAUCAACACCAUCGAUGUGAUCAUGCCUGCCUUUCCAAUUUAUUACGUCAUGGAUCCGGAUUACAUCCGACUGUUGCUGGAGCCCGUGAUGAAGUACCUUGCUGCUGGUCGCUGGCAUUUGCCAUACAUGAUCCAUGACCUUGGCACUCAUUACCCCCAUGCAAUUGGCCACGAUGACCAGGAAGCAGAGCCAAUGCCUAUCGAGGAGUGUGGAAAUUUGCUUAUCUUAGCCGCUGCAUAUGUUCGAGCCACUGGCGAUAACGACUGGACUUCACAGUACAUGGAGGUUUUCCAGAAGUAUGCAGAUUACUUGGUGGAAAAUAGUGUUGAUAUUGCAAAUCAGCUGUCGUCGAAUGAUGCAGCUGGACCUCUCGCCAAUGAGACAAAUCUGGCAAUCAAGGCUGCAGUUGGCCUCAAGGCGUUUGGGGAGAUGAGUGGGGAUGGGUUCUACUCCCGUGUUGGUGAUCAGCAUGCAGACAUCUUCUUCCAGCAAGGCCUGGGAACAGACAAAGGUCAGACACAUUUCGUUUUGGAAUAUCCUGACUGGCCAGAUACUUGGAAGACCCCGUAUAAUCUCUUCCCUGAUAUAUUGCUGGGCCUGGAGACAUUUUCCGACGCUGCCUAUCAAAUGGGAAGUAAAUUUUUCACAUCUGUUCGCGGCGAAUAUGGCGUUCCUCUUGAUAAUCGCCAGGACUGGGCAAAAUCAGAUUGGAAUAUGUGGCUGGCUGGUACCUUUGAGACAAGCACCAGGGAUGAGUUCGUCGAUGACUUGUGGUCGUUUAUGACCAACGGAAAACACAACUGGCCUUUCUCUGAUCGGUAUGUUGUAACUUCUGCGCACGGAAAUGAGCCAGGAAUUCCCAUCUUGUGUAGGGCCCGUCCGACUGUUGGGGGACAUUUUGCGUUGUUGGCACUGAAGGGCCCUCGAUCCAUUCAAUCUUUAUCAUGUCGGCGUGGAGCAGUGCCAAAGCCUGUGGGACAGAAGUUGGAUAGACAGCAAUAUCUGUUUGGGAAUCAUAUCGAAGAACUUUGA